AUGAUCGUAUUAUGUUUUAUACAAAUCAUUCAUUUGUUAUUAAUAGGAACAGAUACGUAUGAAAUCGAUCGAAAAGAUUCAAAUAAAUUUUUAAAUACAAAAAUUUCUUUUCGAAGUAAAUAUGAACAAUCAAGAGAAACUAUUGAAACAACUCGUGAAUUAUGUCUCGAUGAAUAUCGACAACAACAAAAAUUUUCACAACGUCGUCAAGUAUUAUCUCCAUUUUGUUCACAAUAUUGUGCAGAAACAAUGGAUUGUCAACAACAAAAUGAACAAUCGGCUUGUGUUAAUCCAUUGUAUCCACCAUGGCCAUUACGAACAUUAAAAUUUGUACAAAAAUUUGAACGUGUGUGUUAUAUAAGAAUCACAGAAGUUUUACGAUAUGAACAAGCUGAACAAUUAUGUCGAAAACAUGGACUUGAAUUAGCUAUUAUUGAUAAUAUGCGUUUACUUGAACGACUUAAACAAAUGAAUAUGUUUAAUACAACAUGUAAAGGUCAAUGUCCAGAAACACGAGGAUUUUAUAUUGGAUUAAAACGACAGAUGGAUGAAGAUAGUCUAUCAUCAUCGAAAUGGAUAUGGUCUAAUAAUGUAACAUGGGCACAAAGUGAAACAGAUUGUGGAGAUGAAUAUUCUGAAACAUCUUUUGCAAAUGCCAGUCUUCUUUGUUAUAUUGGAUCAGAUGGGCAAAAGAAAGUUACAGUAUGGAAUGAAGGUGAACCAAAUAAUCAUCGAGUAAAUCAAUUUCAAUUAGGUGAACAAUGUGUUGAGAUUAUUGCACGUCCACGUAAAAAUGGUUCAAGUGAAGACAUAGGAAGAUUAAAUGAUAUUCCAUGUGUUAAAGCAACAUUAGGUGCUAUAUGUCAAAUCAAUGAUUUAAAACCAAUUAAUUCAACGCGAUUUGAAUAUUUUGCAACAAUAAUGGGAUUUAAUGAAACUGAAACAGAAGAAAAUGAUUUAUUAAAAAAUUUAUUUUCAAAUUUUGAAGGUUCUAUUGAACCUAAUCUAGAUGCUAUGGCAUCAAUGACUGCAGCACUUGAAGGAUUACUUGCUUUACCUUCAUUUACAACUGAACAAGCAAAUCAUGUAUUAAAUAUUGUCGAUCAUCUUGUUAAUAUUACAGGACAAAUUGAAGUUGAAGAUAAUUCAUUAAAAGUAGUAACAAAUAAAUUACUUCAUUUUAUUGAUUUAUUUCCAGUUAAAAUUGAAAUAAAUAAUGAACAAAGUACUUCAUUUAAAUAUGAAAAUAUGAUGACAUCAUUAGUUAAUGUAAAUUUUGCUCAACAAGAUGAUAGUAAAUGGUUUACGAUAAAAUCUGAUAAGCAUCAUCCAGAUAGUAUUAUUGAACUUAAUAUACGAGCAUUACGAGAAUUAACUAAUAAUUAUUGUAUUAUUGAAACCAUAUUUUCGAAUUUUAAUCUAUUUCUACAAACGAAUAAAACUACACAGAUAAAUAAUAAUCGAUUACUUGGAACACCCAUAUCAUAUCAAAUAGCUAAUUGGACAACGAUUAAAAUCGAUGAAGAUUUUGUACGAUUUCAAAUACGUGUGCCAAAAGAUAUUCAAACACGUAAUAUAUCAUGUGUUUAUUGGUCAUUUGAUAAAAAUAAUGGUUCAUGGAUAGAAGAUAAUGGAUGUCAUUUCGCAGGGUAUAAAAAUGAUUAUGCUCAGUGUUAUUGUAAUCAUCUUACUCAUUUUGCAUUACUUAUGCUUCCUGAAUCUGAACAAACUCUAGAACCUUUAUCAUAUGUCGAAUCGUUUAUACUGACAACUGUAACAUAUAUCGGUAUUGGUCUAUCAAUAUUUGGUCUUGUUAUAACAUUAAUUACUUAUAUACUUUUUCGAUGUUUACAGAAAAAUCAUUUACAUUCUUCUUUAUUUAUGCUUUGCUUAUCAAUAUUAUUUGUUAAUUGUCUUUAUAUACCAUUUAGUCUUAUUAAACCACAUGAAUUAGCAACAAAAAAAAUUAGUUAUUGUAAUAUAUUAGGAUUUUUAUUUCAUUAUUUUAUAACAACAUCAUUUAUGUGGAUGUUAAUUAUGGCUUCUAUUCAAUAUAUGUACUUUGUUCGGAUAUUUAAUACACAUAUCUCACAUUUUUUGAUUAAAGUUAAUGUUAUUGGAUGGAUUUUACCAUUAAUAUUUCCUAUUCUUGUUAUAUCAAUUGGUACAAAUGGUGGUUAUACAGGAGAAACACGAUGUUGGAUUAAUAAUGAAAUACUUCUUUAUACUACUUUUCUUGCACCAAUAUCUCUUAUUGUUUUCUGUAAUUUUAUUCUCUUUUUAUUUAUAUUACAAAGUCUUUUUCAAAGUGAUCCGACAAUUCCUACACAACAAAAUAAUCGAUCGAAAUUACAAGUGGGCGCAGCUCUUUGUUGUUUUGUUUCAAUUGGUUGUACAUGGGCAUUUGGUAUAUUAGUACUUAUUCGAUCAUCAUUUAUUCAUCAAUUAAUUUUUUGUAUAAGCAAUUCUCUUCAAGGUUUUCUUAUAUUUAUUUUUCAUGUUUAUUUAUCGAAACCGAAACGAGAAUUAUGGCAAACAUUUUUUAUUCAACGUGGUUUUCAUCAACGUCCUCAUUCAAUAUCUGCUCAUACAGCUCUUUCGACAACUAGCGAUUCAGGUACAAGAAAUAUUAGUAGUUUAGCACGUCCUGUUAAGUUUCGUUUUACUUCAACACAAUCAACUAAUGAUUCAACAGGAGCAUCAACUGCAAUCAAUCCUACAUUUACCGAUACUAAUGGAAGUAAUUUAUUAAAUAAAGAACGAAUACAACCAGGCCGUACUUCUCAAAUAGUUAUACGUUCACAACCAGAAUUUCUAUAUGAUAAAAUACAAAAGGCUAAAAUGGAGAUAAAUAAUCAUUAUGCUUGA